AUGGCCACGAGCCUCGUUACUUCAAACCAAGGGCAUCUACCAUUGCUGCAGCCCAGUCCAGUACGAGUUCUUGCAGAUGCUAUUCAUCAGUAUCAAAAUGCACACUCAGUCGAAAAUCCCUCACUGCCAUUUGACGACAUAGAAGUUACUGAAAAUGCCUUCCGUUCUUCAUCAACUCAAACACCAAGUAGCUUUUUCGAAUCACUCACCCGCUUGUCCCCAAACAAUGCUGUCGCUGGCCCAUCCACCCCUUCCCCACUCGAUGACUUCUCUCGCACAGUUGUGAAUUCUCUAGCAUCAACAUCAGCAUCUUUCCUUGUGUCAAGUAGCCCAUUGCACUCGUCAUCACAAUUUCCUCGCUACAUCCCCACAUCUAUCUCGCCUUCCCGGAAACGAAAAUCCGAACUUCUUGACUUCGAACCUGAAACACAGAGAGAAUGGGCGCUUCAGCAGGGACUAGCGGCAGCUCAUGAACGAGAGGCUGCACAGAAAGCUAUGAUGGGUGGGAUGCAGUCCACAAUAAUUCUACAGGGGAUGUACUGUGACUCAUUGCAUGGGCAACUCGCAGCACAGGAAGAGGCGAAGAAUAAUUCAAAAAAACGCGGGAAGUUAAUGGGAAAUGGCUUACCUUGUUAUCUGAGUGGAGAUGCUUUCUACACGCGAGUUGUCGACCAUGAGAAAGCAGCAGCAGAUGAAGAAGUGGCCAAGCAAGCUCGAAAAGAGGGGAGAGAACAACGUGCUGCAGUUUUGGAGGAGUGGAAGAAGACGGAAGAAGCAAGAAAGAAGCGUAACAGGGAAUUAAAGGGGAAGUAUCAAAUGGACUUGGAGCGGUGGAAGGAGGAAAAAGAACUCGCGAAGUUGGAGAAGCGUCGGCUGGCGUGGAAAAAGCCAACGCGAGGUAAAUUGGAGGCGCCGUUACCUAAACCGGUACUUGCGGAGGGCACUGCAGGUGACGAGCUUGAUGUUGACGGUGAUGACCAUGAGAAUGCCAGUGACGAGGAUGAAGAGGAGUAG